AUGUGGUAUUUUCUUAUUGGUUUUGGUAUAAUGGCUGGUCAUCAUCGUUUAUUUGCUUAUCGUUCUUAUGAAGCUAAAUUACCAUUACAAGAUUUCUUAUUUGUAUCAGAUGAUACAGAUUUUGAUCUAUGUAGUGCACAUAAACGAAUGUUUUAUUCUCAUACUGAUCGUUAUACAAUGGCACGUAAGACAUUGGAUUGUUUUGGACAAAGUAUUACUUGGCCAAAAGGGAAAUUUGAAGAAUAUCAAGAACUAUCAAAAAAAAAUGAAAGUCGUGUAUAUGUUUCAAUUACUAGUUGUAUGCAUGAUGAUGCUAUCGUGGCAUUUUAUGGCAGUGUACAUCAUCAUAGUACGGCAGGACAUAAUAUACUUGCUAUGACGCGAGUUGCUGUUGGUAAAUAUAGUGGUGAGGUAGAACAUAUUAGGAAAAGAUUAGGACACGCCCAAACGCCGACUCCUGUUUUUGUCUAA